AUGCUCAGCCGACUCACCGUCAAUGCGAAACACUGUUCGCGUUUGUUCAGCACAACCAAUGCGAAAUUUUCCGAAGGACUUGAUUUCAACUUGAGCCAGGACCACAUUGAGUUGAGAAACAACCUGCGUAAAUUUGUUGCCGAGGAAGUUACUCCCGUUGCUGCCGAUUAUGAUAAAUCUAUGGAAUAUCCAUGGCCGGUUCUGAAGAAAGCACAUGCUCAAGGCUAUCUUUGCAUGGACAUCCCAGAAGCCUAUGGAGGACUUGGUUUGGACAUGCUCUCAAACGUAAUUCUCAGUGAAGAGUUCGCCUAUGGAUGUUCUGGAAUUGCCACUGCCAUUCUUGCCAAUGACCUUGCUCAAACGCCACUCAUCCUGUGCGCCAAUGACGACAUCAAAAAGAGGUUUUUGCCACGCAUGGUUGAAGAGCCAUUGGUCGCUGCCUAUGGUGUCACUGAACCAGGAGCUGGAUCUGAUGUAGCUGGAAUCAAGACGAAAUGCGAGAAGAAAGGCGACGAAUACAUUAUUAAUGGCUCAAAAAUGUGGAUCACAAAUGCCGGACAUGCUAGCUGGUUUUUUGUUCUUGCUCGAUCUGAUCCUGAUCCAAAGACUCCAAGUGGAAAGGCGUUCACUGCUUUUGUUGUUGAAGGAGACACUCCAGGAAUUACCCGUGGUCGAAAGGAAAUUAACAUGGGACAGAGAUGCUCAGAUACCCGAGGAAUUACUUUCGAGGAUGUCCGUGUUCCCGCUUCCAACGUUAUUGGAGCGCCAGGAGAGGGAUUCAAGGUCGCCAUGAAAACAUUCGACAAAACUCGUCCGUUGGUUGCUGCCCUAGCGACCGGAUUGGCUUACAGAUGCCUGGAUGUCGCGACUCAAUACUCUCUUGAGCGUAAAGCAUUCGGAACUCAAAUUGCAAACCACCAAGGAGUUUCAUUUAUUCUCGCUGAAAUGGCUAUGAAUUGUGAGCUUUCUCGUUUGAUGACAUACAAGAGUGCUAAUGAGGUUGAUAUUGGACGUCCCGGCUCUUACUAUGCUUCAAUUGCUAAGUUGUUCGCCGCCGAUGCCGCCAAUUCUGCCGCCACAAAUGCUGUUCAAGUGUUCGGUGGCGCUGGGUUUAACACUGAAUACCCAGCAGAGAAGCUCAUGCGGGAUGCCAAGAUCUUCCAGAUUUAUGAGGGCACUUCGCAAGUCCAGCGAAUGGUUAUUGCUCGCCAACUUCUCGCUCGGGUCAAACAAAACGGAGGAUAUUAA